AUGGAAGUGUCCAUUGAAGCAAAUGUAUCAAAGCGUAAAGAUGGUGAUGAUAGGAUCUGUAGCUUACCAGAUCCUGUUCUUCACUUGAUUCUUUCACGUCUUCCAAGUACCGAAGAAUCAAUUAGAAGCAGCAUUCUGUCAAAACGAUGGAGGAAUGUGUGGACUUCAGUUCCCUCCAUUGACAUAGAUUGUUCUAGAAGAAUGGAAUUUUCAACUAGCAAAUUCAAGGAGUUUGUUGAUGGGGUUUUAGCAAAGAGUUCCCUUAAUUUGGAAAGUUUUCGUUUAUGUUGUGAGAAUUAUUACAGUAUAUAUGAUGUGGAAAAGUGGAUUCAGGCUGUUGUUAAGAGAAACAUCAAACAACUUCACUUGUUGUUUUGCUGUGGGCAUUGGUUGAAACUUAGAGAUUUGCCCGAUUGUCUUGGGACUUGUGGUUCAUUAGAGGUAUUACGGUUGUAUUUGUACAGCGGGCGUGUAAAUUUGUUUAGGAUGACAGGGUUUUCAGGACUUAGGGUUCUUGAGAUGAACAAUUCUGUGUUACUAGCCACAUGUGGUGUGUAUGUAUGUGAUUUUCUCAAAAGAAUCUCAGACUUGAUAACCGGAAUCUCAAAAGAGCUUUUUGAUAUUGUGCGUACUUCCUGUGGUCGCAUAGAGAUUGUUUGCCCAAAAUUGGUGUUUUUUGAGUUUGGAGCUUUUACAGCUGAUGCGUAUAUCUUCAGAAGUCUGGGUUCAUUGAAGAAAGCUGUGAUUCAUCCUGAAGACUUUCCACCUGAGUUUCCGGAUAAUAUGUUUGAGAGAAUUUCUGAUUUAGAAUCUUUGUCCACCAGUAUUGACAUCCUCUGUUUCUCUCUGUUUCCCUCAGUUGUCCCUCCUCAAUCUCUACCUAAUCUCAAGACAUUGGAGCUAACCACAGGAACCAAUGAUACCCCUAACAUCAAUAAACUCGUAAGAUUCCUCACAUGUCUUCCUCAUUUGGAGUCUCUCAAUUUGAUCAUUGAAGAGGUAUUGUCAUAUAACAUCCGAAAUGUUUUUCUCUGGGAAGACUGGAAGUUGGAUGAAGCUGAAAGAAGAGGAAUCUUGACACGUCAUCUGAAAAGAGUCGAGUUUCUUAAUUUCUAUAAGGAAAAGCUAAUACUUGAUUUAGUGCGUUGUUUACUAGAGCAUGGAAUUGCAUUGGAGGAAAUGGUUUUUAGAUGGGAUUGUGAUGAAGCCGAGUUCCAUGAGAGGUCAGUGGAGACUAUGAAUCAAGUCUCAAAGUUUCACAAAGCUUCCUCAACUGUCAAACUGGGUUUUCUUAAUGAGAUCAGUUAUUAUCAGCUUUCUGGUAAACCGUAAGUAGUACCUACCUAUUCAUGUUACAAGGUAAAUAGAUUUCUUGAUCUCAUGUGAUUUGUAUGUUUGUACCACAUGACUUCAUGUUGCUUCAUUUUAAGGACAAUUGUGUUGGGAGAUGUAUUAAAAUUUGGGUUAAAUGCACAUACUAGUCAAUAGCUACAUGUUUAUGGCAUUUAUGUUUUGG